AUGCUCGCCAAGGCCACGUCCAUGGGCGCGUCGGCGCUCGAAGCCGCGUCGGCGACGGCGUCCGUCGCCAAGGAGAAGGCCGCUGCGACGGCGGCAGUCGCCAAGGUGAAGGCGUCCCAAGCGGCGACGAUCGUGCAGGCCAAAGCCGGCGAAGCCAAGGUCGCGGCCUACACGGCGGCCGGGAAAGCGCCGCCGGUGGUCUCGUCCGACAACCCGUCCGCCGAUGGAGAGACCAACUCGGGCUCGGAAACCGAGUCGGAAGGUCUCUUGAGUGAAGCGCAGAACCAGUGCCAAUGCUUUCCGAACCUCUCGAAGAAGGAGCGGAUCCAGGGCGCGAUCGCGGCCUACGCCGCCGGCGCGCUCUUUAGCUUUCUCUCGACGCUUCUCAUGUUUGGCGGCCCCAAGCACGUGAAAGGCUUUGCGUUCUUCUACACGCUCGGCAACAUUUGCUCGAUCUCGAGCUCCAUGUUCCUCACGGGCUUUCUCAACCAGUUCAAGGUUAUGUGCAUGCCUAUCCGGCGCGUCGCAUGCAUUGUCUGGAUCUCGUCGAUGCUGCUCACGAUCAUCGUGGCCGUGACCAUGGCCCGCCCCGGUAUCCUCGUGCUCCUCCUCGUCUUCAUCCAGUACUGCGCCAUGCUCUGGUACGGCGCCAGUUUCAUUCCGUACGGGCGAGCGAUGCUCAAGAAGAUUUGCUCGAAAGCAGCCGCGCAGGCCACGACGGCCGUCUGA